UGAUGCCGGCUGUUCUGCAUCCCGCUGCAGAGGAUUAUUCAUCCGUCAAAUUUCGCUGAUGAAAAGCCAAAAGCUCCAGUGAGGACCAGUAAGCGCGUCUCCAAACACUUGAGCGGCAGCAGGACGCAAUCUGGAGCGAAGAACGCGUUAAAGGAGUUCAUCCAUCUGUGGCGAGUAGCCGUCAGUCAUCGGCGCAUCCCAGCGGCGGUGAGCUGCUGUCAGCGUCCCGUCAUGGGCAACAAUGUGUCGGGUAUCUCGACGCUGCAGAAGGGGCAACAGCAAGGCUUCCGCCGGUUCCGAAACUCCCACAAAGACUCCCUUGGUGGUCCGUUCCCGUCCACGUCACAUCGAUGUCAUCACAAACCCAAGAGGUGCCUGCCCAUCCAGUGCGGCAGCGUCGGCGGGCCUUUUCCCAUGAGUCCACUUCUUUUCCAUCCAAAUGCCAAGGGAUCCCAGAUUGUCAUGGACCUCGCACAGAAGACGGUCAAGAGGCAGGCCAGCUUCUGCAACGCCAUCACAUUCAGCAACAGGCCCAUAGCGCUGUAUGAGCAAGUCCGCCUCAAGAUUACUAAAAAGCAGUGCUGCUGGAGUGGGGCUCUGCGCCUGGGCUUCACCUCCAAAGACCCCUCAAGGAUAAACCCAGACAACCUGCCCAAGUACGCCUGCCCCGACCUGGUGUCCCAGAGUGGCUUCUGGGCCAAGGCGCUGCCCGAAGAGUUCGCUAAUGAAGGCAACGUCAUCGCCUUCUGGGUUGACAAGAAAGGCAGAGUGUUUUACCGCAUCAAUGAGUCCAGUCCCAUGCUGUUCUUCAGCGGCGUCCGCACAGCUGAGCCCCUCUGGGCCCUCAUUGAUGUUUACGGUCUGACCCGCGGAGUGCAGCUGCUCGACAGUGAGAUUGUUCCUCCAGAUUGCCUCCGCCCACGCUCCUUCACCACGGUUCGCUCCUCGUCCCUGCGCCGUGAGGCCGACGACUCCCGCCUAUCCGUCAGCCUGUGUGACCUCAACCUGCAGCAGGAGGACGGAGGCUCUGCCCACAGCCACGCCCACCGCCACGCCCUCCACCUGGCCUCGGCCUCGUCCUCCUCCACCUGCCCCAUCCCGCAGAACUCCCUCAACUCCCAGCAGUCCUCGCUGCUGCCGUCCGCCCUGGAGAGCGACCUCCACUUCCACCAGCUGCGCGGCGCCCACAUCAAGACGCUGGACGAGCAGACGGUGGCGAGGUCCGAGCACGCCCGGGAAGAGCGCACACUGGUGUUCACCAACAGGCCGCUGCGCACCGGAGAGACCGUCUUCAUCAAAGUCACCAAGUCCAGCCCGGCGCGCUCCGGCUCGCUGUCCUACGGCGUGACGUCCUGCGACCCGGCCGUGCUGCGCCCCAGCGACCUGCCCUACAACCCCGAAGCCCUGGUGGACAGGAAGGAGUUCUGGGCGGUGUGUCGGGUGCCGACGCCCCUGCAGAGCAGCGACAUCCUGGGCUUCUUGGUCAACCAGGAGGGGGAGGUCAUCCUCAGCCACAACGGCACCAACGUGGGCAUGCAGGUGUGUGUGGACAACUCACGCCCUCUCUGGAUGUUCUUUGGCCUGCACGGAGCCGUGACGCAGCUGAGGAUUCUGGGCUCCACUCAUCUUGGGGACCCAAGGGCCACGUCGAACCCCAGCUCGCCCUCCUCCUCACCACACACCCCCAGCGCCUUGGGUAGCGGCAGCUCGGAUCCAGUCCUGAACGGAGGCCUGUGCUCGGCCGCUUACUGCAGCUCUGCGGGCGGAACAACCCCUAACUCACCGGUUAGCCUCCCCAAGUCCCCUACGUUCCCUUCAGGCCGUGGGCCGUGGUCCGACGAGUGCUCGAUUUGCUAUGAGAACACGGUGGACACGGUCAUCUACGCCUGUGGACACAUGUGUCUGUGCUACACCUGCGGCCUCAAACUCAAGAAGAUGUCCAACGCCUGCUGUCCUAUUUGCAGGAGGCAGAUCAAAGACAUUAUCAAGACCUACCGCAGUACGUAAGGGAACGUGGGAGCGAAUGGACGGCCUCCCUAAGAUCAGCUAAACCCCAGAGUUGAGGAAAGAAAUGUUGAAGAUCAGGGAACUCAAACUCUGGUACUUUGAUUUUCAUACUGAUAUUGUUGAAUGGCUCUGUCAUGUGACCUUUUCAAAAGCCGGUACCUCUUCAUUGCGAAGGUCUCUUUCUCUUUCCCUGCGGAGGCAGGGCUUGAAGUGGCUCUCUCCCGGUAUUAUGAAAGACUUUGAAGGAGGAAGGAAAAACUGAAGUGAUUCUCUUUCAUUCGUUGAGCCAUGCUGAAAGAUUUAGGGACAGUCGCCGAAGCUGCUGAGUCACUUUGGGGCUGAAUGUCUCCAUAACUGCUCUGUUAGAGGACGACUGAAGCUCUGAAAUAUGCCGUCAACAAGAUUUGUGACUUUAAAAAAACCACACCGGCAGCAAGUAAUCAUCUCAGUACGUCACAACUUGUGUCUGUGUGUUACUGAGACUCAGAAAAGAGAUGCUCAAGUGAUGGAUCUCUGUUAUUGUUGUGGUGAUUAUCAGUGAGUGAUGUGUUUAGAGACGCAAGGUGGUGCUGAGUAUUUUAAAGUAGGAUUGUAACACCUCUUGUACUCAUAUAACCUAAUGUACCUUUAUGGUAGUUCUAUUGCAAAUGUCAGUGGUAGCUAUGUUGUUGUGCUAGCUAGCUGCUUGCUCUGCAAUGUGGUAUGUUGCACUGAAAUCAGCAUCGUCCUCUCAGAAAUGCCCCAGAGAGGAUACAGACACUCAUUGGUUAAAAACACGACCUGCAUCCGACAGACUCAGCAGCUCUGAAAUCUUGAAAGGAAACAGAGUGUAAAACAAAACAAAAAUUUGGAUACUUCUCAGGGCCGGCAAUCGUUUUUGUAAGAACUAUUUUCCCAAUCUCUACCUACAUAACCUAAUACACUGUGAGCGCUCAUGACGAAUUGACGAGUCCUCAAAAAUAGCUCCCAUAACAACAUAAAGUCAAAGGAUUGUUGCCAUGGUAUCAGCUUCCUGCCUUAACAACACAGAAGGUUCAUUUGCGGAUGUAUCAUGUUCUGUGUUUUUCCAAAAAAAAAAAAAAACUCAGAUUAAUUACCAAAUAUGCUGUAGUGUGGCACCGACUGUCACAAAAUAUUCACUCAGAGGACAAAAAGCACACAAAUUCAGAUGCUAUUUUUAUAAUCCAUUACAUUUCCAAUAUUUAAUCUUUGUGAUGGGACUUUCACCAGCAGCAGAGAUCCUUUACAGAAACGGGCAGGGGUAUUAAAAAAAGAAUAAAAAAUCAAAAACUCAGAUUUUGAAUAUUUGUAUGAUUCCUAUCCCCUUAUUUCACUAUAAAAUGUCUUCAUACACCCUCCUGCAAAUAUAACCUGUACAUACAAGUCCAAGAGAAGCCAUAGCUUAUAUUACAGGACACCACAGCAGGCUGAGAGGCUGUAUUUUUUAAAAAUCCUCAUUUUGUAGAUAAUCAACGAACGAGGCUCAAACCUAUGCUGCUACGGUAUUUGCCAGCUGACGGUGAUGUUUCACACGUCCCUCCUCCCACAUUACAGUUUGAUUACGCUACUGCUUGAAGUGUUAAUUCACAUUUGAAUGUUAACUUAUGUAUUUAGAGAGAUUUUUAUCAGUGUGUUUGAACUGAAAAAACUGAAAAAAAAAAGUUUUGUGUUUUUUUUUUUUAAAAGCUUGUUUGAAUUAAUUUCAUGCUUCUAAGAUUUUUGUUUUUCUUCUUUAUCCAACCCAUGAGAAUCUAAAUUUUGUUUUGUAAUAGUGAGAGCAUGGAGGGUUUCUUGUACCUCGCAGCAAAGAGAUAUUGCAGUACACAAUCGAACCUAACUGCUUUGGGGUGCAAGACAGAAACCCUUCUUACAAUCCGUGAAUUUCUGAUGGUCUUUCUUUUUUUCUGUAAUCUAUCUUCUUGUGUUUUCGCUCACAUUAGGGAACCCUGCAACCGACUCCUGAUUUAUAGCUCUUAUUAUUAUAUAAAAGUCACUUUAUGAAGCUACUGAUUGUAACCUUGUAAGUGUUUAGGCCAGCGUUGCUCUCUGAGAUUCAACGAUGGCACGUUAUAUUUUGUGAAGACACUCCGACCAAAUCCAACAAUCAUUAAAUUAAUUUUUUUAAUACAUUAUAUAAAUGUAAUUCCCAUCAAUUCUUUUAAUUUUUGGACCACAUCAAUUCAUAAAUACAAUUUUAAUCUGUAAAUUAUUUUUUACACACCUUUUAAUGAGACGGCCUGAAGCUAUUUUUAUUUUCUUUAUCCAGAAUGCUCCACAGGCUCCUUGAAUGUUACUGAUCCUGUAAUGUAUUAUUUAUUUGUCCACAUUUAUGUGUGGCCUAAUUCCUCCAAACCUGCUUUUUAAUUGUGCGUUAGCAUUCUUCUACAUGAUGCAGUUCCUCUGUGUCUGGCUGAUCACGCAACAGCACAUUUAGACUUUCUUUCUGUAAAUCUUUUUGUCGUGCAUGAGUUUUCUGUUCACCCAGCGUGAACAUUGGGACCAACGGGAGAAGGGCAUCUGAGCGGAACGCUGUUAGUGUUCGUGUAGACUGAAACCAGUGGCUAGAAAAACUAUAUAGCGCUCUGUUUGGCCAUUAUUGUGACACAGCAGCUGAAGUACUUUGCAAACCUUUAUUUUCUUUCUUUUUAUUUGAGGCAGCAAGCGUUUGUUUGUGAGCUCUGUUCAGUGUGAGUCGGAUGAUUGUGGUUAAUAAACUUUCCAGAUGUGUUUGAGCAAAAA